CCUUAAUCCAACCUCACGCUUCCUCCACCACGGCGCUUUCAAUCGCCGCGCUCCCCGCCCAAAGCCUAAUGCGUCGAUUUUCCAUCGGAUACCAUCUCGCAUAAGCUCUGCGACCAGUUUGAACCCCACAAAAGCUCGUUGGAAUUUCUCUGCAAACGUGUAGCUGCGCGGACGCCCUGCGCCACGCGCAUUCAGUCCGCGGCCUCAACCACAGCACGCGCCGCCUGCUACACCUCCGCGAUUGAUCGCAUCACGCGAAACCACCUCCGGCUGCCAUCAUGGCAGGCACAAUACGCCCCAAUGACAUGAAUGUCUCCACCACGCCCGUCCUCGCCUCCAAAACCCUCCCCGGUAUCCCCGACAUAGUCAAGACCGAAUCCAAGAAACCCACCGUCCCCCGCGCCCCCCGCGUCGACGUCGAGCCCUUAUACAGCGCCGUCAAAUCCGCGAUCAGCGAUGCAGACUGGACGACGUACAAGAACUCGCUAUCCUCGUUCCUGCUAGGGAACCUCAACCAAGACGAACUGUCGCAAAGAUUGGAUAGGAUACUCACAACUCCUGCGCUCGAACAUUCGCACAAUGCCUUCAUGAUGGGGAUAUACGCGAAUUUAUGGAGGGAUGCGCCGGAGGCGGGGAUUGCAAGUUGGGUGAGCAGCUCGGAUAAGCCGAGCAGCGGGGUCGCGAAGGGGACAGGGGAUGAGAGCGAGAAGAGGUUGAAGCACGAGGUUAUGCAGUUGAGCCGUAGGGAGAGGAAAAGGCUGAAGACUAUACAGCAAGGUGGGGUGGGAACAGACCCUGGCCUAGACGGCGUGGGAAGCGUGAUGGCGGAAUACCACGAGGCGAGGAGAGUCAAGUUGCCAGAGGCGGGACCGGCGAGUGCGGCGGGCGGGUAUCAAAAGACAAACUGGGACCUCGAAAUUCGCAAGCGCUACACCUCCUCCCUCUUCACUGAAACCCACGAAUUCCCUACCGCAACCACAAUCUCGCACCGCCUCCUCCCGAUAUGCUACGAGUUCGGCCUCCCGCAGGGCCACACGCCCGACUGCGCCGAAUACAUGAACAUCGCGACGGAAACCUACAUCAAGGAAGCACUUACGAACUUCCUCCAGCAAGUCCGCUCGAACGGCCCAGGGUUUGUCAAGACGGCCGAGUUCAAGAAGAAAAUAGAGAAAGAGGAGAGCAUGGUGGGGAGGGGAGAAUUGCAGCGUGUGCCGGGCGGCGAAUUGCCCGUUGAGCAUGAGGAGAGGAGGAAGAGGAGGCUGAUGUGUAUGGAGGAUCUGAGACUGGCGCUGGAACUUGGGGACAGCUACUUAGGCCAGGUGCCACUGAUAGCGGGGGCUAUUACCAAUAGCCGCUUCCUGGACACGCCGGGCAUGGAGGAGAUGUACAAUUCUGGCAGGAUUAAGAACUUGCCGAAUGGGCUGCCUAAUGGUAUCAAUGGCGCAUCGACGAAUGGAGUGUCGAAUGGAUGGAACGUGGAUCUAGGCGAUCCAAUGGUGCUGGACGAGGAGUUGACGUGGCAGGGUGGCAGUGUGAAGGACGUCGAGGAUUUGGACGGCUCAUUGGAUGAUGUCUUGAAGUUGGUGCAGAUUUGAACCUACCUUGCUCUUUGCUGGAUGUUGCAUGGAGGCUUUGUUUCGCAUUGGAGGGCGCGAAUGGGUUUGCAUUUUUCGGCAUUCGGGCGGGGUUUUUUUCCGUCUCGGCAUUUAGUGGAGGGCGCAAAUGGCAUGGGAAUGGGACGUGGGCAUGAUACCCGGUUUCUGUAUUGGGGCUGUUCUGGAUCCGGUGUUAAGAGGUCUCUAGGCCAGAUCGUUUCUGUUUAAGCUUGCUCCUCCUCUGUUGUAUGCCGAAGCUUAGAGGGUGUUACUGCAUAUACAAAAUAGGAAUUUGUAUCGCGUU